GUUAGUGCUGUCUCUCGGUUCGGUCGUGUUUUGUAAAGUGCUCCCGCUGCGCGUGUAUGAAACCGCACGAACGCCGCCCGCCACCCCGCGUGCAUUUUGCGCCUUCCCUUCGCCUGUUCCCUGUGUAAUAGUGUGUGUGAAUUUUAUUCCCCUUUCCACCACCCUCGGAGUCCUGAUAAUAGAGUUUUUGGUGGAAAAGGUGUCUGUAUGUGUUCGAGUCCAAAAAGAUCCAAAAUGUUGAUUUGCCGUGGGAAGUGAGAAGGAAAAAUUGUGGAGUUUUUUUUUUGCGAAUGGGAUAUAACGAUUCUUUGAAAGAAGGAAAGGAUACACAAAACAAGGAUACAGAGAGGGAGUCCCGAAAGAAUUAGGGAGGAAGUGGAGAAAAGAAGAAAAUAGUGUCAUUCGGAAGGAGAACACGAAAAGCAGUAGGCUAAAGGAGCCCCAGUGAUGUGUAAAAAUUUGCUUCCCGUCCGCUUUUUCCACGAUGGGAAAGUCAAAGUUUCCCGGUAAGCCGUCGCGUCUGGUGAACAAGAAACGGGUUUCCGUCCUGUCCGGUGCUGGGCUGAAUACCCUGGCCAGCGGAACCAGCAGCGAUGAGGAUAAUAACCAACAGCAGCAGCAGCACCAGGAGCAGGAAAAUUCGUCGACGACGGAAAAGUUGAAUCAACCACUACCAAUACAGUCACAGCCUGCUGUGCAGCAGCAAAAACAGAAUCAGCAGCAGCCGUCAGCAAAGGUAUCAACGUCGUUAUUAGACAAUGAAGAAAUUGAUCAAGAUGGCGAUGAUGAUGUUAGUAAGCACGCUGCUGGUGACUCGGAAAACGGCGAAGACGACGAGGAAGACGAAGACGACGACGAUGAAGAUGAUGACGAAGACGAGGAAGAAGAUGACGAUGAAGAUGAAGAUGAUCAUAACGGUGACGUAACCGAUGACGAUCACAGCAAAGAGGAUAAAACAGAAACGCCAAUGAUAGACAAACGAACAAUCGUCAAAAAAGACGAUGGGGAGAGUCCUCUAGCUGAUGCGGAAGCCAGCACCGUGAGUAACAAUGAAAAACCAUCCUCGUCACCGUCAUCGUCGUCAACCGGAAAUAGCUUUGAAAUGAAACCAUCCUCGCUAUCUGCCAUCGGUUCGACGCUGGGCAAAGCAUCUGCCGCGAAAGAGUCAACCCAGUCUUCAGCCAACAGCAGCUCAGCCAUGACAAGUUCCUCGGUAACCAGUGAUAAGGCCUUGCCCAUUUCAUCCGAUCCUAACACUCCCGGAGCACCGCCAGCCAGUGCUGCAACAUCAGAACAACCCAAACCGAAAAAGAAAUCGGUUACAUUUCAUACCACGUUGGAGACUACCGACGAAAAUAUCGUUAAAAAAGUGUACAAUCCCAGCACCGUACCUCUCACGCCAAUCAUCAAAAAAGAAUGUCUGGCCAGGCCCAUCAGGUUAAAGAAAAGCUUCAACCGGAAGAUGAAGAAACGGUUACAACGGCUAGCAAUGCAGGCCGCAGCGGCUUCCUCCAAGUCGGAAUGCAUUCUGCGGCCAUCUCUGCUCUCGGGAGUGGUGCAGAAAUCGACGGAACAAACAACCAGCAGUUUUUCGGCCGGUUCCACCGGAAGCUUGGCGGCUUCGGGCGAAGCCCUAGCAGCUGCAGCAUCUACGGCGUCAACGCCAUCAUCAGUAUCAGCAUCCUCGCAGGAAACGGCGAGUAGCGGUGAAUCUUCAGAGGCUCGUAAUCUCGAAAGUGGUGGUACCCAGUUCGGUGACAAACGGUUCAUCCUACCGAAACGAAGUGCUCAUUCUAGUCGUGUGAUCAAACCCAACAAACGGUUCCUGGAUGAAUUCGAGUUGGAAAUUAAAAGGAAGAAUAAGGCGGCAGCUGCGGCUGCCGCUGCCAGUGUGCCCCAAUCCUCUGGGGAUAGUAGUGGUACAAAUAGUGGGGGAAAGGUUUCUGGAAAUGAUAGUACCGGUGAUAAAGUUUCGAAGGCUGAUAUGAAGAUGGGGAACACCGAAGAUAGUGCGAAAGUGGGUGGUGAUGAAGAAAGAAGUGACAAGAAUGACGACGGAAAGAAGAAACGGGAAAAGGCCAAGAAGGAUACCGAAGAACUGCAUAGGAGGGUUUCCAAGACGGAUGCAAAAGAUACUGCGGAACCACUCACGGAAGAUAACGAUCAACCACCACGUCCACCAAGCAGUAUAAACAACCCGUUUGCGAAAACCAGUCUACUCGACGCCGGCCUAUCUACCACCGGAAGUAACCUAAAGCUGGUUAAACCUUCAGCGCUCUCGUCCACCAGUUCAUCAUCUAGUCCUUUGUCCAACGCAGAAUCGUCCAAUCUCGCGUCGGCAUCGUCCAUCUUCGGUAAAAGUAUUCUCCGUCAGCCCAGGCUUCAAUUCACUACUUCGCUGCUGAACUCCAAUCCAUUGGCAUUGGCCGCAGCAGCAGCUAGCAGUGGAAGUAGUCUAGCGUCCACGCCAAAGCUAUCUUCGUCCCUUGUGCCAUCUGCCGUUUCGGAAGGUCCUUUUUCUUUGCACCUUCAACCCGGUGCAAAGUUGGAUUCGUCGAAAAUUUUCUCCAGCGCUUUGAACGCUGCAGCAGCACCUUCUUCACCGGUUACACCAACCUCUUCUGUACCUAAUUGCAGUAUUUGUGGCAUUGCAUCCAACACACGGUAUUACCAACAGGCUUCGAAAAAGUUCGGAAUCGGUUGUUGCGACGUCUGUCGCAAAUUCAUCUCCAAGAUGAUCAAAAAACUUGCCAGCUCAUCGAGUCCCACCAGCAGUAAUGCGACGAUGAAGUGCAAAAACGAAGGUAAAUGUUCGAUAGGCCCUCCGCAGACCACCCGAACAGACCACGUUAAGACGAGGCACAUUUUCAAAGAGAGGUGCCAUGCAUGCUGGUUAAAGAAAUGUUUGAGCAGUUUUCAAUUACCUCCUGUCCUAAAAGUUAGAUUGACGCAAACGCUUCCUGUGAGCAUGCGACAAGUUGAUGCGACUAAUGGAAACUCCAACAGCCACUCUGCUAAAAAGGAACACGUGGAGAAUAACAUUUUUUCGAACAGUUUGGUCAGUGGCCAAAAUCCGGCUGGUUCUCGGAUACUGUGGCAUACGGCGAACAUGGACAAACCUGAAUUCGCAAAAUCUAAUUCAUUCCUAUCGCUGGCAAACCCCUUGGCGCAAAAUAAUUCUACUUUUGGCAGUCCCAUCAGACUGAACACUUCUGAUAAACCAUCGAUUCUGGCCCCAAGUGCUCUUGCCAGUCCCAAGGGUAAUAAAAGUCCUUCAGUUCAAAAAGAGGAAGUUGUGUCAACAACUAAAGAAACGAAAGAUGAAGCGCUAUCGAAAACAGACGAUACGCCAACAAAAACUGUCAAGACUAGGAGUAAGCCUGAAACGACGGUUGUUACCAAUGCUUCGUCUGUCCCACCAGAUACUACUGUUACAAGUACCGUAGUUGCACCAACCGUGGCAGUGCAAUCAACGACCACCACAACCACCGUUACAACCCCCACUACAACCACCAACAGCAGUAGCACCACUACCCCGACGGUAGCCACAACUCCAACAAACGGCCAAGAUAAACGACAACGAAUAGAUCUGAAAGGGCCUCGCGUGAAACAUGUCUGUCGUAGCGCUUCCAUCGUACUGGGUCAACCAUUGGCCACCUUCCCGGAUGACGCAACGGCACUCGAGAACAUUGAAACACCUCCCAGUGAAUGCGUAGCUGAUGCUGUUGAUGAUCUUGCUGCAACCAGCUUGGAUAUUAAACCCGAUCACCAGCUUCCCGAGCCCGUUGAACAACCUCAGCCAAUACCGUGCGCCGAGUGCAAGGAACCGGAAGAACUGGCGUUAUCACCACCAGCCACUCCGGCUGACAUGGACACUAGCGGAUCAACGGAGAAGGAAUUGGUCAUUGAUGAGGAUCAACUUCCGGAAUCCAAUUCCAGCACUCCCACUAAGGAAGUGGAAGUUGCCAAGCCACCAACACCGCCUCCGACAGUGACGAAGGUCGAGACGGAAGUCAGUAGAGAAAAGGAAGUUGCCAUUAUUCGGAAAAUCGAAGAAAUCGAACGACCAACCACUAGAAAAGCAACGUCCUCAAUUCGACCGCAAAUCCUCAAACAGAACAUCAACGCUAUCACUAAGAGUUUCAAUACGAACAUUCGGACAGGUGCAGGACAGCAAGCGCCGCCAGAAAUUCCAAGCGUGCCAUUGAUUUCGAUUGAUUUCUGGGAGAACUACGACCCAGCUGAAGUUAGCCGCACGGGGUUUGGUUUGAUCCUUUCGGAGGAAAUACCCAUCAAAGCGUUGUGUUUUCUCUGCGGGAGUUCUGGUUUAGACGAAUUACUGUUUUGUGUUUGUUGCUGUGAGCCAUACCAUCAGUAUUGUGUGAAAGACGAAUACAACAUUCGGCAGGUAUCGUUGGAUGAUACCAAUGUGAGUUUGUUGGAGUUGACUAGCACCACGAUGAAUGCUGGGAGUUCUCCCCAGCAGCAAGCAUUGAAUCGGUUCAAUUGGAUGUGUCCGCGAUGCACGGUAUGUUAUACGUGUAAUAUGGCGACUGGCAGUAAGGUUAAGUGUCAAAAAUGUGGUAAAAACUAUCAUACGACCUGUUUGGGGACGAGUAAGCGAUUGUUGGGAGCAGAUCGGCCGUUGAUUUGUGCCGCUUGUCUUAAGUGUAAAAGCUGCUCGACGACUAAUGUGACCAAGUUCAUUGGUAAUUUGCCGAUGUGUACCCCGUGUUUUCGUCUAAGACAGAAAGGUAACUUUUGUCCGCUAUGUCAACGAUGCUACGAAGAUAAUGAUUUCGAUUUGAAGAUGAUGGAAUGCGGGGAUUGUAAGCGUUGGGUCCAUGCCAAGUGUGAAGGACUGACCGACGAACAAUACAACAUGUUGAGUGCGCUACCGGAAAAUAUAGAAUUCAUCUGCAAGAAAUGUGGUAAGAAUAAUGAAUGUGCAAAUGUUUGGAGGGAUGCAGUUGCUGCGGAGUUCAAAGCCGGUCUUCUCAGUGUGGUAAAGUUACUUAGCAAAAGUAGGCAAGCAUGUGCCCUGCUUAAACUAAGUCCUCGAAAGAAAACCAACAACUGUACGUGUUCCAUAAGCACGGGUAAAAGUAUAUCAUUCUAUGGGUUUGGUAACAAGGAUGAAGGAAACGUGAUUACAAAAAAGGCAAAACUAGAUGAAGAUUCGAUUUACGAUUUCAACAGUGAGAAUAGUAGCAGUAACUCGAGUUUCCCACUGACUACGAAGUGUUAUUGUUCCGUGAGACCUUCCAGGCCAUCCGAUAUCAGUCUGGUUGAGAUCAAGCAGAAGAUCAAUGCCAACGAAUACUAUUCGUUACAGGAUUUCAACUAUGACAUGAACUCUCUCGUCAACUCGAUCGGGUCGGAAGAACUAUCGACGGCCUAUAAAGAAUUUUUGAGCGAAACAUUUCCUUGGUUUCAAAACGAAACUAAAGCCUGCACGGAUGCUUUGGAAGAAGCCAUGUGCGGAGAGGAAAUGGGCGAUUAUAAUCACGUCGCUGGUAUGGUCGUAGAACCCGAUCAACGAGUUCCGAGCAUUGAUAUUCCAUUGGAUGAAAUAGAUGACUACUUCUAUGAGUCACCCGAUAUCAAAGAUAAUCGAAUAUGCAUGUUUUGUAAACAAUUGGGCGAAGGACUUCCCUUACACGAAUCACGGUUGUUGUACUGUGGGCAGAAUAAUUGGGCCCAUACUAACUGUGCUCUGUGGUCCGCAGAGGUUUUUGAAGAAAUCGAUGGAUCAUUGCAGAACGUUCAUUCGGCUGCUUCAAGGGGCAGGCUUAUCAAAUGUAGCCAUUGUAACGUUAAAGGUGCCACAGUUGGGUGUAACGUUAAGAACUGUGGAGAACAUUACCACUUUCCGUGUGCGAAGCAAACAGAUUGUACCUUUAUGCAAGAUAAGACCGUCUACUGCCCGCAGCAUGCUUCGGAAGCGAGCAAGAAAAAGUGUCAGUUAGAGAAAAAUUUCGAAAUCAACCGAUCAGUUUAUGUAGAGCUGGACAGGCGGAAAAAGAAAUUCGUCGAGCCGUCCAAGGUACAAUUUAUGAUUGGAUCAUUAAGCGUUAAGAAACUGGGCCACAUUGUUCCGAUGUUCAGCGAUCAUUCUGAUGCAAUAAUUCCCACGGAUUUUGAAUGCACUCGGUUGUACUGGAGCUCGAAAGAACCGUGGAAAAUUGUCGAGUACAAGAUUAAGACGACCAUCCAGAACAACAAUUAUUGCCAUGGAACAGAUUUCGGUAGGAAUUUUACGGUUGAUCAUACGCUUAAUAGCAGUUCGGUGUCGUGGGGUUUGACUCAAAUUUCCAAGUGGCACAGUAGCUUGAACAACGAUGAUCAAGAAACGGAACCUAUGCCAAGUACAUCUGGGAUUCACAGGGAUAAAACUAUGAAGCAAUUGUUGGAGGCCGUUGGUGGACCUGGUGAUGACACCAACGAUGAAGAGCCACAGAAUAACAACGAUCUUCUACCCCAGGAAAUCAAGGAUGCUAUUUUUGAGGACAUUCCGCACGAUAUUUUGGACGGAAUCAGCAUGUUGGAUAUACUGCCAAAGCUUAUGACGUACGAUGAUUUGAUCGCGAUGGAUCUUAAGAAUGAGAACAAUUUCAAUGCUGAGAUCUUGAAAGAAGUCGGUGGAGUUAGCAGCAGUGGCAGUAGUAGCAACAGCAGUAAUGCUACAGGGGGAUCCAAGGAUGAUGAUAUGGACGUCGAUGAAGAUGAUAUCAACGAUAUAAUGAAGUGCAGUGGCGAGUUAAGCAACGAUAGCUGGAUUAAGAGUAUAUCUCAGCCAGGAAUCGAGGAUGCGUUAUUGAGUGCCACCAAGCAACCGUCAUUGAGUCGCGAUCUAAAGCGAAGCAAAACAGAUAUUUUGUCACGUGCUGUCGUUGGAGGACGCGUUUCUGGACAGCGAUCGGGAAGUUUCUCAUGGAAUUCUAAGCUGGAGACGACGGCAGCAGUAGUAGCCAAACGAAGGAAGAUAAGCAAACUUGCUGAUGUACUUUCGCUUGGUAGAAUCAAAGAUGAUUCUUCUGGAAGUGCUCUGGAGCGAAGAAGAUCGCUUCCAAAUGAGGAAUUCACUUGGAGCGCAAGUAAGAGAAGCACUGGAGAAAAUCUGAGCGAAGGAAUGAACGUUUUCGAGAAACUAAAAAUAUCUCAAUUAGAUGGCAUGGAUGACUUUUGUGAUGCUGGAGAUAUGAAAAUAUAUUCUUCGAACAUGAUUGAAGCUCCAGUCAAAUGCGAUCGUUGUCACGCAACGUAUCGUAAUCAGGAAUCAUACCAAAGACAUUUGAAUUCUUGUGAAGUUCUUUCAACAAGUGAAAGUGAUUCUGAAACACGAUCACCAAGACUGCUGAGCCCUGAACAGCAGCAAGCACAGGUGGCUAAUCAAUUUGGAGCUGGAACGUUCAUCCUUCCGCAAACUUCGUCUGCUCAAACAAUUACUACCGACAUGUACGGAAACAUCAACCAAAAUCAAGCAACGAAUCCCACUAUUUCUGUGAUAUCAGGUCUGAAUAAUCAGACCAUUAAUUUGAAUAAUCUAAAUAACCAAGCAAUUCUCUCGAAUAUACCUGCUUCGAUGCCGAUCACUAUCAACCAGCUCCAAUCCGGCAUCCCAAUUCAAACCUCAGCUGGAACUCAACAAAUCCCGAUUCAGGGAACCCUUUCUAACCUGGGCGGAAAUAUGAUCAUUUCAAAUCAAGGCCAAUUAUUUGCUCAACCAGUGAACUUCCAGCAGUCGCUCGACAACCAACAAGGCUUUGUACAAAACAAGCAACGAUUUAUACAGCCGGCUCCUUCGAACCAACUUCCACAAACCAUUUCAAUUGGGAAUAACUUGGUCAACACAGGCAACACGAUAAAUAUGCUUCCCCAACAGCAACAAAUCAUCUCUAUUGGACCCAACGGUCAACCGCAAAUCGUGACUGUAACCACGCCACAACAUCAACAGCAACAGGCUUCCCUGAUUCAAAAUACCCAGAAAAAGCAAAUGAUGUUUCCGACAGUUUCACCUAAAAAGCAAGUCAUUUCCAAAAUGUCUCAUGGUCCAACACCCAUCAAAGCUAAGAAAGCAAACCCAACCUCAACGGUCACAUCUUCGAAAAAUUCUAUUCAUAUAAAAAAGCAGGAGCCGAUUGCAAUCCAGCAAGCUCCAACGCCUCAGCCUCAACCCAUCCAAACAAUUGCGCAACCGAUCUCGGCUCAACAGCAACAACAAAUACAGCUUAUCAACACAUCCUAUCCUCUAAUAAGACCUGCUAAUGCCGCGACACCACAACAAGCUACAACAACAUCGGGGAAUCCUAUCAUCUUCCAACAACCUAAUCAACCAAUCAUUGUCCAACAAGUUGGUGGAAAUCAGAUUUCCUACGUAGCCGAUCAGAACCCUGUUCAGUAUUUGACACCUACAAAUGUGCUAACUCAAAACGGUUUCGCAAUGACUACGGCCGGAGAUGGAACUCUUACGGCAGCAACGAACAACAUUCUUAUCCCCAAUGGAGCCGGUGGAUACUCGAUGAUUCCUGCAAGUGCUUUGCAAAUAGCGGCUCCUCAACCACAAGUCAUUGGUACCAUUAUCCAACCACAGGCUACUACUAUUCAGUGUGGGAUGAUGUCAACCGAACAAAUGGUUCUGGGAGCUGCGGCAACUCCUACACUGGAAAUGGUGACUGACCCAACCUCCGGUUGCAUGUACUUGACCAGUCCUCCGGUAUACUAUGGUCUGGAGACGAUAGUUCAGAACACUGUAAUGUCUUCGCAGCAGUUUGUCUCAACCGCUAUGCAAGGUGUUUUGAGCCAAAAUUCUAGUUUUUCGGCUACAACGACUCAGGUUUUCCAAGCAAGUAAGAUAGAACCGAUCGUCGAAGUUCCUACAGGAUAUGUUGUCUUGAACAAUGAUGGCACAACUACACAGCAAGGAUUGGCCCCAAUGCAACUGCAGACUUCGUCGGGUAUAAUUCAACAAGCACAAAUUCAACCUUCGCCCGUGACUACAUUAGCACCUCAAACUCAACAACUUCAAGCAACCGUCACAUCGAGCCAACCAACGCCAAUACAAGCGUGGAAAAUCGAACCCCAAACUUCAGUUGUCCAGCAGCAACAGCAUCCAUCUCAAGUUAACGUCAUGAACCCAAUGAAAAGUACAACUACAGUUAAGAAUAUCAUCCCAAAGGCUCAGCCACAGUUGGUGAAUAAAGUAAUGCCCAACACGCUGAUCAAAUCCUCGCCAGAUCAUAUAAAUACUUCGAUGGGACAUCACAAAAUUAAUUUGCAAUCUGCGGCAUCCGCAGCUGUGUACACAACGACAACAACCAUGGCCACUACUACCAAGGUCUCCAACGUAAUUAAGCCCAUUACCAACACCAUCAAUCAAAACAAGCCGAAAAUCGUAGCGAAACCUGUAAAACAAAAGUCCUUGCUGCUGUCACCUCCGCACACACCUUCGCAACAAUCACUGCAACUGAACCAACAGCAAACAGUUCAACAUGUUGCCCAGUACAAUCUACCAGUAAGCGCUAGCUCUCAACCCCAAAUGGUUCCAGUAAAACCAAGUAUUAACAACGAGCUGUCAUCCCAACCAAUUACCAGUACGGCUUCAAAGAUCGCCACAACUCAAAUGAAGAAUAGCCUCGAUUUUAUUCCAACGAGUCAACCAAUGAAGGGAAGUUCCUUAUUGAAAAAGCCAGAAAUGAAGCCAUUUUCACGAAGUGUCUCCAACAACACGUUCCCGACUAGUCAACAGCAGCAAUCCAUCCAGAUCAAUGCUAUUUCAAACACCACUUUCAAUCACGACAUCCAACAACAACAGAAAUCUCUACUACCACAGAUCGAGAGCAAAAAGAAACCAUCACAAAUUACGAUGUCGAUUGCAACGACUAGCUCUUCAUCGGUGCCCUCCGUUCCUGGGUCCCUCUCGAUGAGCAACUCAUCCAUCACAAUCACUCCAACGCAAACCGCAAGUAUCACCCUUCCGACGGCACCCUAUCCGAUGCCACUUUACUCAAACAUUCCCACCAAUGUUGUGAACCCAAUUCAACAGUCCGUCAACAACAACAGCUGUAACACAAACUCCAGCUCCGGCACUGUUCAAAAUCGUCCGACAAAUCGUGUCCUCCCAAUGCAGGCUACAGCAAUCCUACCAAAAUCACCGGAAGUUCUGCAAACUCCCCCACCCUUGAAAAUACCCAACUCCAUUCCGGACAAGAUCGAGGAAAUAUCGAUCAUCCCUAGUCACACGUUCAGUCCGGAACCUCCAACGCUGAAUCAAUCUCCGGGCAUUAAAGUAGGUGCCGAAAAAACAUUCAAGGACACUCGACUCGAAAUUGAAAUCAAACCAAUUGAGAUCAGUCCAGUUCUUCCGCCGCAAGUACCAACCACACCCAUCGAGGAUCGUAGUUUCAGUGCUCUCAACACUCCACCACCACCACCGCAAUCAUCAGUUCAACAAGAAGAACAACCCACCUUCCAGUUGAGUCUGAACAUCGACCAGAACGGUUCACUGAUCCCAAUAUCAACCGUCGAUACUUUAAACUCCGUCACUUCUAGUGCCACAAGCACAUUACCGUAUGCUUCACCAAUCCCUGAGAUUGAAAUCAAACCCGUUCUGCAACCGGAACCAAUUGUGAGCUCCACCCAGAUGGAGAUGGAUGCCAAAUGUGAACAGUUGUUAACGGAAACGGAAGAAAUGCUUGCCGAAACUAUGCAGGAAGAUCCGUUGGACGUCCGAAGUGUGGAUUCAUCAAGCAUGAAUGACGAAUCCGAGUCGCCGGAAAUCCAGAACAAAAUCUCCGAAAUUCUAGAUAAUCUUGAACAGCAAACAAACGAAGAGGACGGAUUCAGUGAAUGUAAGGAAUCCGAUAGUUCCGAAUUGUUGCUGAAAAUCGAGGAGAACAAUGGUCUGGAUGUAUCUUCCAGUUCGCUGAAAAGCCAAGAGGAACAGCAACUAGUGGACGAACUCAAUCAGGAGUUGCAGGCUAGUGCACAUGCAUCGCCAGCUGCUUCUACGCAUGUUUCAGAGCUGAUAAUUCCUCCCAUCUUUGAAAGCGAUCCUAAGAAAGACGAUGAUUCGGGUUACGACGUGGACCAGAAGGAGAACCUGGAUCCGGUUUCAAACUUGUCGAGUCGUCCUCCAAGCUCCCACAGCAAUCUUGUGACAGAAAGCGAAUCCCAUUCCGAUGAUCUAGUCAAGCAAAAAGCCAGUCAACUACUCUCCAUCAAGCCUGCGAAAACCAACAGCCCUAAACUGCUGUACGAGAUUCAGUCGCAAGAUGGUUUCACGUACAAAUCGACAUCCAUCGUCGAAAUCUGGGACAAACUAUUCGAAGCAGUUCAAACCGCACGAAAGGCGCAUGGUUUACAGCCCCUCCCCGAGGGCCAACUGGAAGAAAUGGCCGGCGUGCAGAUGUUGGGCUUGAAGACCAACGCCAUCCGGUACCUGCUGGAACAGUUGCCGGGCGUCGAGAAAUGCUCGCAGUACAAACCUCAAUAUCACAAGAAAUUCUCCGCCGACGGAAGCACAAACGGUACCACCGCGGUAGCGUCCAUCUACGCGGAUUAUUACGACGACAUCAAGGAGAACCCGUACGGUGCCGCCCGGUGCGAGCCGUACAGCUCUCGAUCGGAGUACGACAUGUUCAGCUGGCUGGCGUCACGACACCGGAAGCAACCGAUGCCAGUGGUAGCUCAGAGCAUCGACGAUACGGUGAUACCAAGACGAGGCAGUGGCAGUAAUCUCCCCAUGGCGAUGCGCUAUCGAACGCUGAAGGAAACGUCCAAGGAAUCGGUGGGAGUCUAUCGGUCGCACAUCCAUGGCCGCGGUUUGUUCUGCAACCGUGACAUCGAAGCUGGCGAAAUGGUAAUCGAAUACGCCGGUGAGCUGAUUCGUUCUACCCUGACGGACAAACGCGAACGGUACUACGACAGCCGGGGCAUCGGGUGCUACAUGUUCAAAAUCGAUGAACAUUUCGUCGUGGACGCAACGAUGCGGGGCAAUGCAGCACGUUUCAUUAACCAUUCGUGUGAGCCAAACUGCUACUCGAAGGUCGUUGACAUACUGGGCCACAAGCACAUCAUCAUCUUUGCACUCCGGCGGAUCGUCCAGGGAGAGGAGCUAACGUACGACUACAAGUUUCCCUUCGAGGACGUCAAAAUCCCCUGUUCGUGUGGGUCGAAGAAGUGUCGCAAAUAUUUGAACUAGAGCAGAACUGGAUUCGCAUUAAGCAAUGGAGCAAGGUUUUAGAACGAGAGGCGUAGCAGAAGAAGCAAUAGGUGUAACCGACCAUCGGAUACAGGUUGAUUUAAGGAAUUUUGCAUGGAAAAAAUACCAAAGGUGCUGUUUUGAGAAAGGGAAAACGGGAGGCGAUCUUUUUUUUUGCGUAAACGAUAGUUGAAAACGUGUGAUAUUUAGAAUGCAUCACAGUGUGGACGAAACGCAACAUGUUGCGUUACUCGCGACAGCCAUAUGUUUAAGGUGAAAUGUUUCCUUUUUUAUCGAAACCUAAGCGUACACUUGUGUGUUUGUAGAUUUGAAUAGUAGUGUCUCCAAAGUACGUGUAUUAUAACACAUAAAUACAUUGUGAGUUUUUCAACUAUGUAGCUGCAUUAGCAUAUGUAUAACCUAAGCGAUGGCGAGAGUGAGAGAGUUGGUGAUAUCGCUUCGUUUGUACAUAAGAGAUGUUAAGGGUGUGCUUCUGUGUAACAGAUUUCGAAAACGAACAAAAAUCAUACCACACUUUUUAAAG